CGGCCUUAGUAGGUAGGGAGAACGCAGUCGAGAGCCGGUUUGGAGCUGUGGUCUGGAGUGACGCGUUGCUUAGUGUCUGACAGAUCCACAGGCUCAUUCAGUGAAGCGAAUUACAGACACCCCAGCUUUUAUAAAUGGAUGAAAACGGAACUGUUGCUGGACGCACGAAAUUGGUGGAUUUUUGAAAGUUCUAUAGAAAAGAAACUUCAAGAACGUUACACGUAUGUAAUGUGGAAGAUCUGCUUACCUGAUUUUAUGGUAAUGAAGAAAAUUUAGUGGUUGAGGACGAGGUGACAAAUGGUUACAGAUUCGUGUGAAACUUUUUCGUUAUGUAACGUGUAAAAGCCAUCGUUGAAGACCAAGAAGGAAAAGUGUAAGACGCGGGUGUUGUUGGCUCGGGUUCUGUUAAAUUUGCUGGAGAGCUGGCUGGACCCAGCUGGACAACCGUAGUAGUGAUGGGUGUACUACGCUGGAGAGACCGUGCUUCAACAGACCACACGUCCGCCCCGGGUGCAGGGGAGUGCAGAAAACUCCAGGAAGCUCAGGCUUCCCGUGAGGACAGUCGCUCAACUGUCACCGCGACGCCUCCUUGUGGUGGGUCUCAGCGCCUUUUGGAGGAGACGCUGCAGAAAUCGGCACCCUACCCGAUGAUCGUGCUGCCUCCUGGUGGCGGGUACUGGCUCGACGGACAGGAUCAUGAAUGUCCUUUUAGUGUUCCUGUUAUCUAUUGCAACGUUUCAUGGUGUGUGGAUUUUUUUUUCCAGGAACACCUGAAUCUCAUAGGUACAGAUGAGAACUUGGGUCCUGUAUGCCUGUCAGUGAAGACGGAGAAUGUGGCAUCACAAGAGCAUACCAGGAUAUUGCUGCGACUCAAGACGGGAACAAUGCAUGAGUUGGUUCCCUCCUCUUGUCUCUCGCCCUCUCCUUCGCCUGUCAGGAUGGCAAAGCUGUUGAAUGAGCAGCUCAGUGUGGAUCAGUUUUCACCGGUGCUAUGUCCCCGAGCAUCGCAGCUGAUUGCGGCCUAUGACGAACAUGUUCUGGUUUCCAACUUCAAAUUUGGUGUGUUGUACCAACGGUUUGGACAGACAACAGAGGAGCAAUUAUUUGGCAAUGUUCAUUCCAGUGCAGCAUUGGAUGAAUUCCUGGAACUUCUGGGACAGCGAAUUCAGCUUAAGGACCACAAAGGAUACCGAGGUGGUUUGGACACGCAGUUUGGCCACACAGGAGAUGAAGCAGUGUAUGAAGUAUUUAAGGACCGAGAAAUAAUAUUUCAUGUUUCCACAUUGCUGCCAUACAGGGACAGUGAUCCCCAACAACUGCAAAGGAAGAGGCACAUUGGCAAUGACAUCGUGGCAAUAGUGUUUCAAGAGUCAAACACUCCGUUUUCACCUGAUAUGAUUGCAUCACACUUUCUUCAUGCAUUCAUCGUGGUACAAGUCCUAGAUCCUAACAGUCCUAACACAAGGUACAAAGUGAGUGUGACGGCUCGUGAUGACGUUCCAUUCUUUGGGCCAACACUCCCAUCUCCAGCUGUGUUCAAGAAGGGUCCAGACUUUAAGGAAUUUCUUCUUACCAAACUGAUUAAUGCUGAGAAUGCUUGCUAUAAGGCAGAGAAGUUUGCUAAACUUGAGUUGCGAACUAGAACAUCCCUGCUGCAGUCCCUGACAGAUGAGCUGCGGGAGAAAUCAAGAGAUUUCCUCGGAGGUACAGACUCUCCCCAUUCAGCUCCUGACACGCCAAAAUCCGAUGGAAGCAGUAGUGGUGCUGGUAGUCGUUUCAUUGACACAGUGCGUAAGGCUCUUAUAGCAAGAGUUCGAAGUACAAGUGUGGAUAAUAACCUAGGGAGCAGUACAAGCAGUGGACAGGCCUGCAAAAAACUUGUCUCAACUCAACAGCCUCCGCAGCCUGCCAUACCAGAAACAACUACCCCUUCAAGUGGAAGGUCUUUGUCAAAGAGCAGUGGGGGAGGAAAGAAAAGCACGCCAUCUUCUCCAGUAUCCAGUCCAGACAUGCAGAGCCAUCGAACAGCUAGGCCAGCACUAUCAGAGAGUGAUGACUCAUCACUAAACAGCGUGGACUUGGAUGCUGCUGUGUAUGUGGACAGUGACACAGGUCUGGAGAGCAUGUCCAGUGCAGAGACACCCCACAAGGCCUGUAGUCUCUGCUUGGACACUGGGGAAGCAGGCGGGAGGCAAGCCGAGGCACUGCGGCAAGAAGUAACGCGCCUCAAAUGUGAUAAACUUGACUUGCUGCGUCAGAAUGUGAAUUUUCAACGAGACAUUAAACGUUUGCGAGAAAAGGAACUACAACUGCAGUCAGACCUUGCAGCAGCAUCUAAAGAGAUUCUGCGUUUACGAGAGUUGCUGAAAGACUAUAGCAGUGGUGGUGAAAGCUCCCCAGUAUAGAUCCUCAGGCUCCCAUCUCUUGUCACUAUUCUCCUGAAACACCAGACCAGCUGACUAGAUUUGAGGCUUCUAACUUUUGUCAUAGCAGGUACGCAGAAUGUGGCACAAUUUAAAUUGGAGGCUUUCAUUAUUAAACAGUUUUCAGUCUAUAAGCCACUUUGAUAGUUUUUGAGUCACAAAAGUUUUGUCAGUUGGAAUAUCUUUUCCCUCUACUGAAUCAGCUGGCACUACUUUGCGCGUGUGAAUGUGUAAGUAUAAUGUUUCUUAAUAAAAAGUUGGAAUUUUGCUGAGUGUAACAUUCAGUCGCAGAUCAUUGCAAAAGCACAGAGAAUAUUUUGAGAUCUCAUAUCAUAGGUAAAAACAAUGUUUUUUUUCCUUUGAUUAAAAAGACUUCUCUUAUCUGCUGGUUUGUACUUGGAUGUUUCUCUCGGCAAUGACGUGAUCUAUCCUUCUGGCACUUGCUUUAGUGGCUAGUAGCUUACCAACUUAAUUUAUUAUCUAGUAAGAGUCAAGUUACAUUCUUGAGGAAUUUUCAUAUUCAGAGGUCAGUGUUUGCAGUCUUUUGUUUUAGUUCUGAGUAGUUUGUUUCAGUGUUGUCAGCACUGUGUUAAAUUAAAAUAAAUUAUAUUGUGAUCCAGUUUUGUGCUGAGGUUUUGAUUAGUUUCAGUUUACAGUGCUGUGAACCGUUCUUUAAGCAGAAGUCGUCAGAAGGGACAUAAUUAUGGAUGCAGGUAGGUAGGUAAAGUUUUGUUAGGAUCUCUGGUGUAAAAUUGUACCUGUAAUGGAAGUGUGUUUCCUCAAUCAUAAAUAAGAUAAGGCAAUCGUAAAUAAAGGCGCUGUUGCAUGCAGCAUUGGAUACCGUA